AUGCAACAACAUCAGCAUCACUAUAUUGAUAGACGACGACCGCGACUCGUGGACAAUAGCGAUAAAACACGAAACGAUGAUUUCUAUGCUAAAUUAGAACGUAUUCGAUUAAAUACUGCAGCGUCAACUUCAAAACAGUGUUCACAUCGUUCAGCAACAGAAUUAUUAGAUGAAACAAAACCAUUCUUUGUUAAAAGUCAAGAAGUUUUACAUAAUCGACAAACACUUUUAAAUAAUAAAAUAUCAACUGAACAACAACAACAACGAAUGACAUCAUCAUUUCAAAUAGCACAACCACGUCGUUCUCCUUAUCACAAUGAUGAAUAUGAAUAUGAUCGAAUUCGAUUAGAUUCUCUUGAUCUUUCAUUACGAUCUUCUACACAGUCAAUAUCAACACCAAUAUCAACAACAAAUUUUUCCGAUUGUAGUGCAUUUGAAAGUGUUAGUUUAUUAUCACUUUCGGAUCAAACAACACUUGAUAGUACUAAUAGUCUAUCAAAUAUAAAACGAACAGUUGUACCAUCAACAUCAUUAACUGUGAUUGAACGUAAUGCAAGAAUUAUUAAAUGGCUCUUUCAAUUAAAUAAAGCUAAUGCAUCACCUUCCUUUCAACGAAUUCGAUAG